GAUUGCCAUUUUGAAGAAAAACAAACCCCUUUGCUCUGUAUGCUCCACGUGGGGGACUUAAAAGCGCCUUACACGUAUCCAAAUUCACUACACUUGUGGAUUACCUUUCACGCCAUUGUCUUACAACCUUUGGCUACCGAUAUUACUUGCAAGGUUUAUCGCAUUCAUUCACCAUAUCGACAGGUAUUUCGUAUACAUUCAGAGCUGAAGCGUUUUGUUAUUUUUUACAGUUUUUGGGUUUGGAAGUACCUUGUUGCAGAACUGCGAAUAUAAGAAUAAAACUUGUGUGGUCUUCUAUUUGUGGAAGCACAGUCCUGGAAUAGCGACUUGCUGAUAACUUGUAGGUUGUGUUCUGUAGGCCACGAAAAAACUCGACUAUUUGGAUUUCUGUGAGAUGAAACGGUUGGUCCUCUUUAGUUCGGAAAGACCUGGAGGAUUACGUUUUUUAUGUUUUCAGCUUCCAAGUGUAGAAAGGCGGUAAAAAACAUACGUCACUUCACCUUCAGAGACAGAGGGUUCAGUAUAGCUCUAUCUAGUCAAGGGUUCCUUAAGUCUGUACCCUUCUAGAACUUUCAAUCUCCCUCAACGUAAUAAACUUGAAAAAAUAUCAGGACAUGAUCCGUUUCUAACAAAGCAUCUUCAGUUUUGUGCUCUAAGGAGUGGUUUUAAAAAGUCAACACCACCGAGAGAAAAUCUAAACGGUCUUGUAUUUGCGAAGUAUCACACAAAAAUUGUUGCAGCGGUUCGGAGAGAUACAGGGUGGUUUCUCAAAAGUUGUUUCUUCAAACUGUGUUGCGCGUCUUGUUACAAAGGCUGGACAAGAUAAGUGGCCACUACCAGUUGACAACAAACAGUUUUGAUACCCUGGGACAACAAAAGACUAGUAAGGGGGGUAUCCCGUUGCAAGUUUCAAGUCUCCCCAUUCAUUCCCAAAAAAU